CUCUUCUGAGGAAACUAAACUGAUCUGAGUCUCUCUGUCGUCUGUCUGUGUGAGAGUGAACAACCGUCCAAAUGGCUCAACAGGGAGUUCUGCUGGACCAGGACCAGUUCUGUUGUUCUGUCUGUCUGGAUCUACUGAAGGAGCCGGUCACUAUUCCCUGUGGACACAGUUACUGUAGGAGCUGUAUUGAGGGCUGCUGGGAUCAGGAUGUUCUGAAAGGGGUCUAUAGCUGUCCUCAGUGCAGAGAGACCUUCACUCCAAGGCCUAAUCUGAGGAAAAAUAACAUGUUGGCUGAGCUGGUGGAGAAACUGAGGAAGACAGGACUCCAGGCUGCUCCCCCUCCUGCUCUGUGCUAUGCUGGACCUGGAGAUGUGGCGUGUGAUGUCUGCACUGGGACCAGAAAGCAGAAAGCCCUCAUGUCCUGUCUGGCAUGUCUGGCCUCUUACUGUGAGACUCACCUCCAACCUCACUAUGAGUCUCCUGCUUUCAAGAAGCACAAGCUGGUCAAAGCCACCGCACAACUACAGGAGAAGAUCUGCUCUCAUCAUGACAAACUGCUGGAGGUUUACUGUCGUACCGAUCUGCAGUGUAUCUGUUAUCUGUGUACAAUGGAUGAACAUAAAGGCCAUGAUACAGUGUCAGCUGCAGCAGAGAGGACUGAGAAACAGAGGCAGCUGGGGAUGAGUCAGCAGAAGGUCCAGCAGAGAUUCCAGGAGAGAGAGAAGGAGCUGAAGAAGCUCCAAAAAGCUGUGAAGUCUUUCAAGCGCUCUGCACAGUCAGCAGUGGAGGACAGUGAUCAGAUCUUUACUGAGCUGAUCCGCUCCAUUGAGAGAAGGAGCUCUGAGGUGAAGGAGCUGAUCAGAGCCCAAGAGAAGGCUCAAGUGAGUCAAGCUGAAGGACUCCUGGAGCAACUGAAGCAGGAGAUCGCUGAGCUGAGGAAGAGAAGCACUGAGCUGGAGCAGCUCUCACACACAGAGGAUCACAUCCAUUUCCUCCAGGUAACUAAACUGUCUUGUUACAUGUGAUAUGAAAUUAACUUCAUGGGAAAUGUCUCUCUGUCCGUCUCUCUCUCUCUCUGUCCGUCCCUCUCUCUCUCUCUGU